AUGGUGCUUGAGAUAUGGUGCAACACCAGGCACUACCUACUGACUCUGAUGGCAGUGGCGGCGCAGGUCUACCGCCACCCCAGUCUGAAGAACUCAGUGAGCCUGGUGGUUGUGAAGAUGCUGGUGGUGGAAGACGAAGAUGUAGGGCCCCAGGUGUCCAGCAACGGAGGAAUGGCCCUCAGGAACUUCUGUAACUGGCAGCAGCUCUUCAACCCCUCCAGCCAGAGGCACCUGGAACACUACGAUACAGCCAUCUUAUUCACCAGACAGGACAUCUGUGGUCAGAGGAGCUGUGACACCCUGGGGGUGGCUGACGUGGGCACCAUGUGUGACCCCAAGAGAAGCUGCUCUGUAAUAGAGGAUAAUGGUCUGCAGGCCGCCUACACCGUGACACACGAGCUAGGUCAUGUACUCAGCAUGCCUCAUGACGACUCUAAUAACUGUAUCAGAUGGUUCGGACACCUGGAUGGGCCACACAUGAUGGCAUCUGUGUUCUUUAGCCUCAACAAGGCUUUGCCAUGGUCGCCAUGUAGCGCCCGCUAUGUCACAGAGUUCUUCGACAAUGGAUAUGGUGACUGUCUGUUGGAUCCUCCAGAGCAGACUCUCCCUCUCCCUGUUGAUCCCCCUGGUGUCUCCUACAACCUGGACCGUCAGUGCCAGCAGGCCUUCGGGGAGGAGUUCAGCCUGUGUCCGGACACCCCAGAGGACCAGACUUGCAGCCAGCUGUGGUGCCGGGAGGAGGGCCAGCCACACUGCACCACCCGGAACGGCAGCCUGCCCUGGGCUGAUGGCACGCUCUGCUGGGCUGGGGCCGGGGCUGGAGCUGGGACCAACACCACCUGUCAGGGAGGUGUCUGUGCUGCAGUGACUGAUCAGCAGAAAAGAGAGGAGCCUGUGGACGGAGGUUGGGGUGUGUGGGGCCCCUGGGGGUCAUGCUCCAGGUCAUGUGGCGGAGGGGUGGAGUUUUCCCAGAGAGAAUGCACUGAUCCCAAGCCACAAAACGGAGGAGCAUACUGUGCGGGACAGAGAGCCAAGUACCAGACUUGUCACAUACUGGCCUGCCAAGAUGAGCAUGGUAAGAGCUUCAGAGAUGAGCAGUGUGAGAAGUACAACAGCGACCGAUACCUGGACAUCCAUGGGAACAUCAAGCAGUGGAUCCCCAAAUACAACGGUGUCUCACCCAGGGACAGGUGCAAACUGUUCUGCAGAGCAAGAGGCAGCAAUGAAUUCAAAGUCUUCGAGGCCAAGGUUGUUGAUGGCACCACCUGUGGCCCAGACACCACCUCCAUCUGUGUCCAGGGACAGUGCGUCAAAGCUGGCUGCGAUCAGGUGAUCGGCUCCAGUGUGAAGCUGGACAAAUGUGGCAUGUGUGGGGGUGAUGGAACAACCUGCAGGAAGAUCACUGGAUCGAUGAAUAAAGCCAUUUUCGGCUACAACGACAUUGUGACCAUUCCGGCCGGGGCCACCAACAUCGACAUCAAGCAAAAGAGCCACCGCGGGAUCAGACACGACGGCAACUACCUGGCCUUGAAGACAGAGGUUUCCUACAUCCUGAAUGGGAAUUUCUCUGUGUCCACAGCAGAGCAGGACAUCCCAGUCCUGGGCGCCGUACUCCGGUACAGUGGUUCCUCCACCACCCUGGAGAGGGUCUUGAGUUACCAGAAGCUCCGACAGGCAAUCGCUGUCCAACUCCUGUCCACAGCCGGAGACGCCUCUACCCCUAGGGUCAAGUACAGCUUUUUCCUCCCCAGGGAUGUCCCCUUCACCAAGCCUGGAGCUGAGGGUAGAGCUUCGCUACAUGCGAUUCUGCCACUAGGGGGCUCAGAGUGGGCUCUGGGGGAGUGGUCCGAGUGCUCCAAGAGCUGUGGUUCAGGUUGGUCAAGAAGGAACGUAGAGUGCCGGGACGGGGCAGGCACCCUGUCCUUCUCCUGUGAUGAGGACCUGCGGCCGGCAGACAUCCGGCCGUGUGGGGACCUGCCCUGCCCUGUCUGGCAGAUGGGUCCCUGGUCGGCAUGCUCGAGGACAUGUGGUGUGGGGGUGCGCCAUCGAAGCGUGCUGUGUAUUGACUACACCGGUAAGAUGGUGGAGCUAGGAAAAUGUAACCUCGCCAAGAGGCCAGAGGUGGUUUCUUCAGAGUGCAGCUACCAGGACUGCUGAGUCUGUGCUGAUAAAGCAGGAAGGGAAAGGGCAGUUGGUGGCAGUGGUGGGAUCCAAGGCCGAGGGAAGUAGUGUAGGAAGCUAGUUAGUUAGUCAACUAACCAAUGCACAACCCUUUCCCAACCACCACAACCCUGCUUCAGAGACAAGCAGGGAAGCUAGAAUAAUCAAAAGUUCACUAUAUCGGCCAGAACCAAAACUGUGGUUUGGCUUGGUUGUAGAAAUAUUUCACAUUUGAUAGAUUAACUUAAUUAUUUCAAUGUUUAUUUCCUUGAUGAUGUCAUAGCUUCAAAACGCCUAUUGACGGUUUGUUUUCCAACAGAGAUCUACCUCAAAGGAUGUAAAAAUAAUCAACUAUCACUUCUUAACCUGAAGUUUCUGUUUGCAUCUAGCUUAACACAUUAUCAAAGGUACAUCUUAACUUUCCACAAAUGCUGCUGAUAGUCCACUGGAGUGGUUGAAUACCACAGUCAUUCAUUUUUGUCGGGCCACAUGCCCCCCUUUUGAACACACAUGCCCUCAAAUCAAUUCAAAGUAUACUACCUAAUCAAAUCAAGUGACAUUCAAUAUUUUAGGGAAUAAAGAAAAACCUUUCAUAUGAAUAGAGAGACAAUACCUCAAAUCAAAUCAAAUUGUAUUUCUCACAUGUGCUGAAUACAACAGGUGAAGGUAGACCUUAAAUGCUUACUUACAAGC